GACCUCACUGUUGGUGAAAGGGGACUUUUCUUUCCUGGUUGGUGUUUUUGCAGUCAUGUUGGAAGAGAAGUACCUAGGUGGCUGAAGAGAUUCGAUUUUCAGUGUUAACACAGAUGAAGCUGAUAAAAGAAGAUGUAAAACUGCUUUCUAUGUGCUGUAAUAGACUGAUGAGUAAGUAAGCCUAAAAAAGACGGAUUUCAAAUGAAGAAAGAAAUUUUGAUUUUCUUUUUAAUCACAUAGGAUUUUUGAAUAUUUGCUGAGGAUAUUUUCUCCCUCUCAAACAAAAAAUGGAAGAAGAAAAAAAUACACAAACCAAGAAACCUAAAAAUUUGAGAAGAAUAAUGAGCUUGCUAACUCCAAACAUAUCAUCUUUUUUGAGCAAAUACAAAAAACACACCAUACAUUUGUGAUUCAUUUAUCACCAAUGAUGACUUCCUAUGUUAGGAAUGACUCUUAGUUUAAAUGUUUAAGUGUUUUUUUUUUUUUUCCAUUUUUAUGGCAUAUGUUUUGACUCUUCAUUUUAAAUAGAUUGAUGUAAAGAAAGUAAGUGCCGAAUACAUGUUGUUUUUGACUGUGCCACUGUUUCCCACAUGCUGUCGCAAGGUAUUAUUAUUCCUUGAAGUUUUAUUUGAAUCAAAACUCUGUCAAGGACUCAAAUAUACAGUGUAAGUUUUCUCUUUUUGGCAACUGCACUUGCUUUGAGUAAGCUGGAUGUCAGCUGGGCUUCACAGAACAUCGGAUUUAAAGUUUUUUUUUUUUGUUUAUCAGAAUCUUUAGUGUGUGUUUUAUACUAGCCAGAUAGGAAAACACAUUAAAUACUGGCUUUAACAUGUAUGCCUAGGGAAAGGAUCUUCCCCAUGGAUCAUGGCGUUAAUGUUUACAGGACAUUUCCUAUUUUUAACAUUAGUAAUGUUCAGUUUCUUUACUUUAGAAGAAUCCGUGAGCAAUUACUCUGAAUGGGCAGUCUUCACAGAUGAUAUAGAUCAGUUUAAGACACAGAAAGUACAAGAGGUCAGACCCAAACAAAAGCUGAGGCGAAGUAUGCUUCAUCCAAGUUUAUAUUUCGAUGCUGGAGAAAUACAAGCAAUGAGACAGAAGUCCCGUACAAGCCAUUCACAUCUCUUCCGAACUAUCAGAAGUGCAGUGACAGUUAUGCUCUCCAACCCGACAUACUACCUACCUCCACCCAAGCAUGCUGAUUUUGCUGCCAAGUGGAAUGAAAUCUAUGGUAACAAUCUGCCUCCUUUAGCAUUGUACUGUUUGUUAUGCCCAGAAGACAAAGUUGCCUUUGAAUUUGUCUUGGAAUAUAUGGACCGAAUGGUUGGCUAUAAAGACUGGCUGGUUGAGAAUGCGCCAGGAGAUGAGGUUCCAAUUGGCCAUUCCUUGACAGGUUUUGCCACCGCCUUUGACUUUUUAUAUAACUUGUUGGAUAAUCAUCGAAGACAAAAAUACCUUGAAAAGAUAUGGGUUGUUACUGAGGAAAUGUAUGAAUAUUCCAAGGUCCGCUCAUGGGGCAAACAACUUCUUCACAACCACCAAGCUACUAAUAUGAUAGCGUUACUCACAGGGGCCUUGGUUGCAGGGGUAGAAAAAGGUUCCAAAGCAAAUUUAUGGAAACAAGUUGUAGUGGAUGUGAUGGAAAAGACCAUGUUUCUGUUGAAUCAUGUUGUUGAUGGCUCUUUGGAUGAAGGUGUGGCCUAUGGAAGCUAUACUGCUAAAUCAGUCACACAGUAUGUUUUUUUGGCACAGCGCCAUUUUAAUAUUAACAACUUGGAUAAUAACUGGUUAAGGAUGCACUUUUGGUUCUAUUAUGCUACCCUUUUGCCAGGCUUCCAGAGAACUGUGGGGAUAGCGGAUUCUAAUUAUAAUUGGUUUUAUGGUCCAGAGAGCCAGCUAGUGUUUUUGGAUAAGUUCAUCUUAAAGAAUGGAGCUGGAAAUUGGUUAGCACAACAAAUUAGAAAGCAUCGACCUAAGGAUGGACCGAUGGUUCCUUCCACUGCCCAAAGGUGGAGUACACUUCACACCGAAUUUUUCUGGUAUGACCCCCAGCUCACCCCACAGCCUCCUGCUGGUUAUGGUACUGCUAAAAUGCACAUGUUUCCUAACUGGGGUGUUGUCACUUAUGGGGCUGGCCUGCCCAAUACACAAACCAAUACCUUUGUGUCUUUCAAAUCUGGGAAGCUGGGAGGACGAGCUGUGUAUGACAUAGUUCACUUCCAGCCAUACUCCUGGAUUGAUGGCUGGAGAAGUUUUAACCCAGGCCAUGAACAUCCAGAUCAGAACUCAUUCACUUUUGCCCCUAAUGGGCAAGUGUUUGUUUCUGAGGCUCUCUAUGGGCCAAAGCUGAGCCACCUUAACAAUGUAUUGGUCUUCGCCCCAUCACCAUCAAGCCAGUGUAAUCAACCCUGGGAAGGUCAACUAGGAGAAUGUGCACAGUGGCUCAAGUGGACUGGUGAAGAGGUUGGUGAUGCAGCUGGGGAAAUAAUCACUGCCUCUCAACAUGGGGAAAUGAUAUUUGUGAGUGGGGAAGCAGUGUCUGCUUAUUCGUCAGCAAUGAGACUGAAAAGUGUGUAUCGUGCUUUGCUUCUCUUAAAUUCUCAAACUCUACUAGUUGUCGAUCACAUUGAAAGGCAAGAAGGUUCCCCAAUAAAUUCUGUCAGUGCCUUCUUUCAUAAUCUGGACAUUGAUUUUAAAUACAUCCAAUAUAGAUUCAUGAAUAGGUUUAAUGGUGCCAUGAUGGAUGUGUGGGAUGCACACUACAAAAUGUUUUGGUUUGAUCAUCAUGGCAACAGCCCAGUGGGUAGUAUACAGGAAGCAGAGCAAGCUGCAGAAUUUAAAAAGAGGUGGACUCAAUUUGUUAAUGUUACAUUCCAGAUGGAUUCCACAAUCACAAGAAUAGCCUACAUCUUUUAUGGGCCAUAUGUCAAUGUUUCCACUUGCAGAUUCAUUGAUAGUUCCAGUACUGGACUUCAGAUUUCUCUCAAUGUCAAUAAUACUGAACAUAUUGUUUCCAUUGUAACUGACUACCAUAACCUGAAUACUAGAUUCAGUUACCUGGGAUUUGGUGGGUUUGCCAAUGUGGCUGAUCAGAAUCAAAUAACCCAUUUCGGUUUGGGCACUGAAGCAAUAGUAAAGCCUUUAAGACAUAAUAGAGUCAUUUUCCCCUUUGGAUUUAAAUUUAAUGUGGCAGUUGGAUUAAUUUUGUGCAUUAGUUUGGCAAUUUUAACUUUUCAAUGGAGAUUUUACCUUUCUUUUAGAAAGCUAAUGCGUUGGAUACUAAUACUUGUCAUUACCUUGUGGUUUAUUGAGCUGCUGGAUGUGUGGAGUAGUUGUACUCAGCCUAUCUGUGCAAAAUGGACAAAAAAAGAGACGGAGGCUGGCAAGAAGACGGGGCCUUCUGAGGGGCACUACGUGGAUCUUCCUGAUGUUGUCAUUACCUCACUUCCUGGUUCGGGAGCUGAAAUUCUCAAACAACUGUUUUUCAACAGUAGUGAUUUCCUCUACAUCAGAGUUCCUACAGCCUACAUUGAUAUCCCUAAAACUGAAUUUGAAAUCAACUCAUUUGUAGAUGCUUGUGAAUGGAAAGUGACAGAUAUUCAUAGUGGGCAUUUUCGUUUACUCCGAGGCUGGUUGCAGUCUUUAGUACAGGACACAAAAAUACAUUUGCAAAAUAUCCAUCUACGUGAACCCAGUAGGGGUAAACUGGGCCAGUAUUUUACAAUGAAUAAGGACAAGAAAAGAAAAUUGAAAAGGAGAGAGUCUUUGCUAGAACAAAGAAGUAGAAUGAAAAGCUCCUUUGAUAGAGAUGCUGAAUAUAUUAGGGCCUUGAGGAGACACCUAGUCUAUUAUCCCAGUGCACGGCCUGUGCUCAGUUUAAGUAGUGGUAGCUGGACAUUGAAGCUUCCAUUUUUUCAGGAAGUUUUAGGAACUUCUAUGAGAGCACUAUACAUAGUAAGAGACCCUCGAGCAUGGAUUUAUUCAAUGCUAUAUAGUAGUAAACCAAGUCUUUACACUUUGAAGAAUGUACCAGAGCACUUAGCAAAAUUGUUUAAAAUAGAGAGAGGUAAAGGCAAGUGUAGCUUAGAUUCAGACUAUGCUUUUGAGUAUGAACCAUUGCGAAAAGAAUUAGCAAAAUCUCAGUCUAAUACUGUCUCCUUAUUGUCUCAUUUGUGGCUAGCAAACACAGCAGCAGCCUUGAGAAUAAAUACAGAUUUGCUGCCUACCAGCUACCAGCUCAUAAAAUUCGAAGAUAUUGUUCAUUUUCCUCAGAAAACUACUGAAAGGAUAUUUGCUUUUCUUGGAAUUCCUUUGUCUCCUGCGAGUUUAAACCAAAUAUUGUUUGCUACUUCCACAAACCUUUUUUACCUUCCUUAUGAGGGGGAAAUAUCACCAACUAAUGCUAAUGUUUGGAAACACAACUUACCUAGAGAUGAAAUUAAAUUAAUUGAAAGCAUCUGCUGGACACUGAUGGAUCGUCUAGGAUAUCCAAAGUUUAUGGACUAAAUGCUGCAGGUCAGCAGAAAUUUGCACUAAUGUUUCCCAACCCAUUUUGUGGAUAUGAACUAGAAGAGUUUGUUUAUUCUUGUAUUCUGCGUGUGCGUGCGUGCAUGUGUGUGUGGGAGGGUGGGUGUGUUUUCAGUCCGUUACUUGCACAGAGAAAUUAUUUUAAAAAUAAGUACCAUAUUUUGCCUAGCAGGAUUUAUUUUUAUGUUCUCACUUUCCUUGCCUUUGUUUCUUAAAUUUUUUUCUGCUGAAAUAUUUGUGCUACAUACAUGCAGAUGAAGUUAUAUCAUGGGGGUCCAGAGAGAGGAGAAGAUUUUAAAAGAUUUUCUCUAACUCACCUUCAUCUGUGACUGUGCUAAUCCUUUUUGGAGGACCUCAAACAUUACUAAAAGGCCUUGAAAUUGCUGCUUUACCCAAGCAUUUCUUUCUUUGAAGAUGGACUACAAAAGUUUCUUAUCUUUUUGAAAAAAUCUUCUAAAACACUUAGGUGUCACAAAGAAAAAGGAAAAAUUCAUUUCACUUUGUAUAAUGUCACUGGGGAAAUGGUGAAAGUUCCUAUUAGAACUAUCAGAUUCCUUCUAAAAAAAAACAGAUGGAAAUUCAGAAUAAAGAUUUCUCUUUUGAGAUCAGAAACUGUCUGAAAAAAGCCUGUUUAAAUUUUUGUUUGUUUGUUUUUUACUUAGAAAUAAUAAAGAUUAUAUCUGUGAACAGUC